GGGGUGUGGGGUGGUGGGGAACGUGAGGUUCCUGCAUUUCUUGAGGCUGGAGCCAGUUGAGGGGCAAAUAAGGCAGCAGGACGGAAUUUGGGUCCCAGUUAGAUUUGGGUCCGUUUCACUUUGCACGCACUGGGUGUGAUGGCCUGUACCAGAAGUUGAUCUGCAGCUUUCACCACUCCAGAGAAACUGCAGUGGUGCUCUUGCCGCACAGUGGGUCUUCUGUCCCCACCGUCUCCUUGCUGCACCCUCCUUUUGCACCGUUCCCCACAGCUGUGGAAAGAAGCUCUGUUGCCCUCUCCCAUGGCCUCUGGAACUGUUGGAAACCUUUCCUCUAACCAGAAAGCCUCCAUAACCUCAUUCGACAAGGAUCCUUUGCUUGGAGGCUUUCUCCUUUCUCCCACAUCUUCCUUCUCCGUUACUUUCCCCUGUGGGCUCUCCUGAAGCAGAACCAGGAGUUCCCAGCUCUGCUGUUUCCAGUUGUCUCUUCCCUGUGCUCAUGGCAACAUCAGCUACCAGCCCCAGUUCACCUCUCCGGGCCAAGGAUCUCCUGAGUGAGUCAUCACAAGCUCCUGGGCUGAACCAAGCAUCCUCUGAGGUGACCUCCCAGCUCUAUUCUUCGUUGCACCUCAGUCGUCAGGCAGAGACCACAGCCCGAGCUCAGUUGUAUUUACCCUCCACCUCCCCACCUCCUCAUGAGGUGUUAGAUGGCUUAGCCCAAGAGCUGAGUCGCAGCUUGUCGGUUGGAUUGGAGAACAACUUGAAGAAAAAGGAUGGCUCCAGGCAUAUCUUUGAGAUGGAAAGUGUUCGGGGUCAACUCCAGAGCAUGCUCCAGACCUCACGAGACUCGGCCUAUCGGGAUCCCCCUACUCCAGGUGCUGGCUCAGAGAGGCGGGAAGAGGACUCCUUUGACAGUGACAGCACAGCUACCUUGCUGAACACCCGGCCCCUGCAAGACUUAUCUCCAUCUAGCUCGGCCCAAGCCCUGGAGGAGUUGUUUCCCCGCUACACCAGCCUUCGGCCAGGACCCCCACUCAAUCCCCCGGAUUUUCAGGGGUUGAGAGAAGCACUGGAUUCUGAGCAUACCCGUCGCAAGCAUUGCGAGCGCCAUAUUCAGAGCCUGCAGACCCGCGUGCUAGAGCUUCAGCAACAGUUAGCUGUGGCCGUGACCGCCGACCGAAAGAAAGAUGUCAUGAUUGAGCAGCUGGACAAGACCCUAGCCCGCGUGGUGGAGGGCUGGAACCGGCAUGAAGCUGAGCGAACAGAGGUGCUUCGGGGACUCCAGGAGGAACGCCAGGCCGCUGAAAUCACUAGAAGCAAGCAGCAGGAGACAGUAACCCGCCUGGAACAAAGCCUUUCUGAGGCUGUGGAGGCCCUGAAUCGUGAGCAGGAAGGUGCCAGACUGCAGCAACGGGAAAGAGAGACAUUGGAAGAGGAGAGGCAGGCUCUGACCCUGAGCUUGGAGCUGGAACAGCAGCGGUGCCGGGCCUUGCAGGAAGAACGGGAUGAAGCUCGGGCUGGGCAACUCAGUGAGCGUCGACACUUGGAGACACUUCAGGCGGCCCUAGAGGAAGAACGGCAGACCUGGGCCCAGCAGGAGCAGCAGCUCCAGGAACGCUACCAGGCGCUGCAGGAGGAGAGCCAGGCUCAGCUGGAAAGGGAGAGGGGCAGCUCCCAGAGGGAGGCCCAGGCGGCCCGGGAGGCCCAGCAGCAGCUGGCACUGGUGCAGUGUGAGGUGCGGCGGCUGGAAGGAGAGCUGGACACCGCUCGGAGAGAGAGAGAUGCCCUGCAGCUGGAGAUGAGCCUGGUGCAGGCACGGUAUGAAAGCCAGCGGAUCCAGAUGGAGUCAGAGCUGGCUGUGCAGCUGGAGCAGCGGGUGACAGAGCGGCUGGCGCAGGCUCAGGAGAGCAGCCUGCGGCAGGCAGCCUCCCUGAGGGAGCAUCACAGGAAGCAGCUGCAGGAGCUGAGUGCGCAGCACCAGCAGGAACUGUCCACGCACUUGGCCCAGUUCAAGGUGGAGAUGGCAGAGCGAGAGGAGAGGCAGCAGCAGGUGGCUCAGGACUAUGAGCUCAGACUGGCCCGGGAGCAGGCACGAGUGCGGGAACUGCAGAGUGGGAACCAGCAGCUGGAGGAGCAGCGAGUGGAGCUGGUGGAGCGACUCCAGGCCAUGCUGCAGGCCCACUGGGAGGAGGCAAGCCAGCUGCUCAGCGCCACCUCCCUGCCGCCCCACCCCCCGGUUCCUCCCGCCAGCCCCUCCAGCCCUGGGCCUCAGGAACCAGAGAAGGGGGAGAGGAGGACCUGGACUGUGCCCCCCGUGGCUGUGGCCCUAAAGCCGGCCUUGCAGCAGAGCCGGGAAGCAAGGCACGAGGAGCUGCCUGGAGGGCUGCCUGUUCUCUGCAGCCCCUCCUCGGAUCUUAGCCUCCUGCUGGGCCCCACUUUCCAGAGCCAGCACUCCUUCCAGCCCCUGGAGCCAAAGCCGGAUCUCACUUCAUCCUCAGCUGAGGCCUUCCCUGCAGUGGGGACCUUCCCUUCCGACCACAGGGCAGAACGGCCGUUCCUCGAGGAAGACGCUGGGUCCCACGGGGAUGGCCUCCCGCAGCAGGCGCCACCGCCCCCGUCCCAGCUGCAAGGCCUCAAGCAUUUUUUGCAGCAGCUGCUGGAGACAGCGCCCCAGAGCAACGAGACUCCCUCUGUGGACCCGCUGCCCGCUAAGUCUGGUCCUCUGACUGUCUCAUCUUGGGAGGAAGCCCCUCAGGUGCCACGCCUCCCACCCCCCGUGCAUAAAACUAAAGUGCCCUUAGCCAUGGCGUCCAGCCUUUUCCGGGUCCAUGAGCUUCCUUCAGCCCGUUCACAGGGCGGUGGGCCCAGCGGGGGCUCCCCGGAGAGAGGUGGAGAUGGGCUCGUGUCCUCGAGGCAGCUGAUGGAGGUGUCUCAGCUGCUGCGACUCUACCAGGCUCGGGGCUGGGGGGCGCUGCCCGCGGAGGAUCUGCUGCUCUACCUGAAGAGGCUGGAGCACAGCGGGACUGACAGCCGAGGGGAUAAUGUCCCCAGAAGCAACACAGACUCCCGCUUGGGUGAGAUCCCCCGGAAAGAGGUGAGGGAAAGUGGGCAGGGCGAGGAGUUGGGGGGCUCUCCCCGACUCACCCCUCCCGCUCUGCACGCUCGCUCUGUCCUCUGUCACCCGCCCGCUCCUGCGUCUGUUCCGACUCUGUCGUGUGGCCCUUCCCCUUUGCUGACUCAGGCUGGCCCCCCACGCCGGAGGCCUCUCCUUGGGGGGGGGGGCGAUAGCCCCCGACGACGCUGACUGUCUCCCCUCUUCUCCCUCAACUCACAGAUCCCCUCCCAGGCUCUCCCUCGCCGCCUCGCCACAGCCCCUAAGACCGAGAGACCUCCCGCUCGGAAGAAAAGUGGGCACCCUGCCCCCGGUAGCGUGAGGAGUCGGGGGGGAAUCUGGAGAUAAGCCCCUUGCCUUUAUUUUCUUUGGUCUCUUCUUAUCAUUCUUCUUCUUCUUAUUUUAAUAAAUGCUCAAUAGUCUGUAUUAGAGUCUCUGACUCAGGAAUUUGGAAAAUGGAGGUUUUAAACUUUGUGGAAAACUUCA